CAUUUCAAAGCCCAAUAGAGUUUUUUCAAGCCUUCUGCCCGCUUCCACCACUCUUUGCUGGCUUUGAUUACUAUAACGUUUUUCUUCUCACCAAGUAAGGUUUACGAACGAGACGCAAUAUGCAGGCGAGCGAUAGGUUUAACAUCAAUUCCCAACUUGAGCAUCUUCAAGCUAAAUAUGUUGGAACUGGCCAUGCUGAUAUGAACAGAUUUGAAUGGGCAGUGAACAUUCAGCGUGAUAGUUAUGCAUCAUAUAUUGGGCAUUACCCUUUACUUUCAUACUUUUCUAUUGCUGAAAAUGAAUCUAUUGGUAGACAACGCUACACUUUUAUGCAGAAAAUGCUCCUCCCUUGUGGCCUGCCUCCCGAAAGAGAAGAAGACUAGAAUUAUCGUUGGGAUUACAAAAGGAUCAUCAUAGGAGAGUUUAAAGGCUUUUGGCUGUUUGUUGUACUGUAUAAUCUAAUUGAAGAAACAGAUAUUGUGUUUGUUUAAAGAUUGUUCCAUCAUUUUUCUUCAGUUUGUAGUUGCUUAAGUUUCGCUGUUAUUAUGGCAUGGAGCUCUAGUACAAUAUGUAUAUAAUUUAAACCCCUUGUUUGUUUAAUGAUCUUUUGUAAUCCACCUAUGGAUGAAGGCAUUUAUCAACUUUA